AUGGGAAGAAAAUUGAUGAACCUCAAUUUGGUGGAUUCCAAACUAAGGGCAAUAAUGCUCAAGAGAAAGAGGUUGAAUCUCAUGAAGAAGGCUAACGAGCUAACCGUACUAUGUGGUUUAAAGGCUUGUCUGAUUAUCUUCAGCCCUAAUGAGGCUGAGCCAACAGUGUGGCCAUCUCCUGAGGUGGCUCGUGGCCUCUUAGCCGAUUUCUUUGCGUUGCCGGAGAUCCAACAGAAGAGUAAGGAGAUGAAUCUCGAGUCGUACUUGAGGAACAAGAUAAACAAAAUGGAAGAGAAAUUGAGGAUAACCCUGGAGCAUGAGAACAACUUUCUGAUGUCGCAAGUACAUGGUAGACUUGAAGAUCUUAACAUGGAUGAGAUCCAUCGAUUGAUGUCGUUCACAAAGGAAAAGAUGGUGGCUUUGAAGAGGAGACUCGAUCCACCGGUGAGUCCAGUUGACGUGCAAUCCAAGGAGGUCAGGACCACCACUUAUGGAGCAGGGAGAGGGUUUAGCUUUGGUGAUAUUUUAAGGAAUACUCAAACUUAUCACUUGUUUGAUAAGUGGGUUCCACUUGACGAACCACUAGAGCUAAGCCCUCAGAUCCAGCAGCAAAUCCGGAGGGAAAUGGUAUCUAACAACACAAAUCCGUGCGCUUUAAGUUUUCUUUCGUACAGAGGAGGUUGUUUUCCAUACGUAGGAAGCAGUAGCAAUGGAAACUCCACUAUGGAGAUGGAGCCACUCUGGACAGUCCCUCCAUUGCAGAAUCAGCAUGACAUGAGCAAUGAUCCAAUAACGGAUGUGAGUCAACCAAGGGAAGACCCUUUUGAUCUCAUGAACCGCGAGCUUGGAGUGAGUGGGGAAGGAAGCAGCAACAACACCAUGACCACCGACGAUGGUCUUCGUCAAGACCCACCACCACCUAAUGGAACAAGCGCUGAAGAAGAAGGUAACGUUUCUACGGCGACCUAG